AUGCAGGCUGAAACUGAAGUCAGAUAUUGCUUUCGUGGCGAUUGGUACGAUCCUAACGCCGCUUUGAUUCGCGAAUAUUAUCUCAUUUUUUUCCCUAAAGAUUCAACCGCUGAGAUGUACGAUAUUAAAAACAAAAGAACAUUUCUUAAGCGGUCUAAAGUUGAUAGCCUAUCGCUAGAAGACUUACAUCUCGGCGCUUUAAUAAACAUAUACUCAAGAGAGUUAAAAAUAGUAGAUUAUGGCGAUUCCUUUACAGCGAGUCAACUUGGUCCAACUAAAGAAAGAACAUAUGCGAUGAUCAAGCCUGAUGCAUUCUCCAAAUUAGGUAUAUUACAAUUAUUAGUAUAUGGUCUAUACAAUAGUAAAAGAGGAGAAAUUGUCGACAUUAUUGUAGCUGAUGGAUUUAAAAUUUGUAACUUAAAAUCAAUUCAGCUAUCCAGGAAAGAAGCAGCAGAGUUUUACUCCGAACACGAAGGAAAACACUUCUUCAAUACUCUUUUAGAUUUUAUGACAAGCGGUCCAGUUUUAGGAAUGGAAUUAAUGCGAUCCAACGCCAUUAAGAGAUGGAGGGAAUUGCUAGGACCAACGAAUAGUUCAAAGGCACGACAAGAAGCACCCAACAGUAUUCGAGCCAGAUACGGCACCGAUGGAACUCAGAAUGCUUGUCAUGGUUCCGAUUCAACAGACUCAGCUGCUAGGGAGAUUGAAUUUAUAUUUCCAACAAAUGGGGGUAGACGUAGGAACACUGCGAAAUUUACUGAGUGCACUUUAGCGAUUGUUAAACCCCGCGCUGUUGCUGAAAAGUUAACUGGUAAGAUCCUUCGAUCAAUAUCGGAUCAAGGCUUUGAAAUUUCUAGCCUGUAUAUGUGCACGUUGGAACGAGCUAAUGCAGAGGAACUUCUUCAAAUAUACAAGGGUGUGGUUGCUGAAUAUACGGAAAUGGUAUCCGAAUUUUCAUCCGGUCCGUGUAUAGCCAUUGAAAUUCGAGGAAAUAACGCGCCACAAAAUUUUCGCGAAUUUUGUGGACCCGCAGAUCCGGAAAUUGCUCGCCAACUUCGACCCAAUUCUCUGCGCGCUCGUUUUGGUAAAGAUAAAAUUCGUAACGCUGUUCAUUGCAGUGAUUUACCGGAUGACGGCCUACUGGAGGUUGAAUAUUUCUUUAAAAUACUGGAUAACUGA